ACCUUUCAGAAGAAGCUUUUCGUAAGUUUCUUCUCUUUUAAAACCAACACAUUUUGGCGCUUCACACUUACACAGACUCCCCGUUUCUAAGAAGAAGUAGUAGUAAGAGUCGCUCUUCUAUUCGACUGAGUUUUUGAUUUUGGGGAGAUGGAGCAGCAGCAGAACAAGAACAUGGUGGAAGAAAACAUCGGAGAAGAAGAGAUUCUUCACGGCCCUUUCCCCGUUGAACAGCUUCAGGCGGCUGGGGUAGCUUCAAUUGAUGUAAAGAAGCUUAAAGAUGCUGGUCUAUGCACAGUUGAAGCUGUUGCAUACUCUCCUCGGAAAGAAUUACUUCUAAUCAAAGGAAUUAGUGAUGCUAAAGUUGAUAAGAUUAUUGAAGCAGCAACGAAGCUGGUUCCGUUGGGUUUUACUAGUGCUAAUCAGCUUCAUGCACAAAGGCAAGAGAUCAUUCAGAUAACAUCAGGAUCAAGAGAACUUGACAAGGUUUUAGAAGGAGGGAUCGAGACCGGGUCUAUUACUGAAUUGUAUGGUGAAUUCCGCUCUGGAAAGACUCAGCUGUGUCACACUUUAUGCGUCACUUGUCAACUUCCACUGGAUCAAGGAGGUGGUGAAGGAAAAGCAAUGUACAUUGAUGCCGAGGGGACUUUCAGGCCACAGAGACUCUUACAGAUUGCGGACAGGUUUGGACUGAAUGGUCCUGAUGUAUUGGAGAAUGUGGCCUAUGCUAGAGCCUAUAACACUGAUCAUCAGUCAAGACUUCUUCUGGAAGCAGCUUCUAUGAUGGUAGAGACGAGGUUCGCUCUUGUGGUUGUGGAUAGUGCUACAGCUCUUUAUAGAACAGAUUUCUCUGGAAGGGGAGAGCUGUCAGCUAGGCAAAUGCAUCUUGCAAAGUUUUUAAGGAGCCUGCAGAAGUUGGCUGAUGAGUUCGGUGUUGCUGUAGUUAUUACCAACCAAGUUGUUGCACAAGUUGACGGUUCUGCUAUGUUUGCUGGGCCACAAAUUAAACCAAUUGGUGGAAACAUCAUGGCUCAUGCUUCUACGACAAGACUAGCAUUGCGUAAGGGAAGGGCUGAGGAGCGUAUCUGUAAAGUAAUCAGCUCUCCAUGUUUAGCUGAAGCGGAAGCACGGUUUCAGAUAUCUGCAGAAGGUGUCACUGAUGUCAAGGACUGACUGACAGACCAUUGAUAACCCCAUUCUCUCUCUUUCUUACUUACUCCGCCAAGUCAGGCAAUCGCACUUACUACCUAAUCGGAAGAAUUGGAGAAGUUGUAUAUCUGGAAUUUGGUUUGUGCAUGGGUGGUUAUUCAAUGUAUAGUCGUAUAACAACCUGUGUUUUACGUUGAUUGAUCUUUUUUGUUUCAUUAUAUUGUCCUUGUAUAAAAACUGAGCUUAUAUUAAAUGAAAAAUUUGCAUCCCAAGCAUCAA